CGAUACCUUGCUGCAUGCGGUGCCCACUGGACCCUCAUCUGGAGGACCAAUUCCAGGUGGCGGCUGACCCAGCUGCUUGACGCCCUCGCCAUGGAGUAGCCACCAGCGAGCCGCCCAACGUCACCGUCGUCGCAUCCGGCUGCACCAUGGAGUUUUCGGAGGCCUUCCGGCCCGAGGACAUCGCCAAGACGGACUUCUUUGACUUCGUGGUGACGCCAGAGGACAACGACAUGGUGCUGCACAACAACUUCCCGGCCUGGUCGCGCAAGUCCAUGGGGCUGUUCGCCAACAACAACAACAGCAGCACGGAGGACGCCAAUGGCUCCGUCAAGGAGACCAACAACAACAACAUCCUGCCCAACUUCGCGGUGGACGACUCGUUCUGGGACACUGGCGGGGUGACGAAGGCGGCGUUUGCCGCCGCGGCCGCCGCCGUCAACAUCAAGAUGGAGUCGCCCUCGCUGGAGGACAUCAACGACAUUUGCUGGCCGUCCAACUGCAGCGUGGCGACGCCGGAGCCGGCGGACGCCACCAGGGACAAGGACACGGACGGGUCCAUCUACACCCUGACGGUGGUGAACGGGCAGGACGCGCCGCCCGGCGGCCAGCCCCUGCCGCCCGGGGGGCAGCAGCCCGGGGGCCAGCCGCCCGCGGCGACGCCCGCAGCGCCGCAGCCCGCCGACCCGGAGCCGCCGCCGCUGUGGUACCGGCCGCCCGACCUCAGCAGCAUCCUCCGCGAGGGCGACGAGCAGCUGCGGCAGGCCAUGUCCGCCAUGGACAGCCAGUACCAGACGUCGCUCGACAUCGACUCCAUCAUCAGCAUCCUGCCGUCCAUGGACGAGCCCCUGCACGGCGACAUGACCCACGGCGCCAUGGGCCACGGCCUGUUCGCCGCCGGCACGCCCAGCGAGGACCUCGUGGAGGACAGCGGCUUCGUGGAGAGCAAGGAGGACCAGAUGAAGUCGAGCGGGCGGGGCGCACUGCAGGACGACGGCCGGACGGCGUACAGCGAGAACAACAACGACUGGGCGUACUCCAACCACAACGACAACUCGGCCGCCGAGUCGCUGCUGCGCAGUGCGCUGCAGGGCGGCAAGUCAUCGUACCUGAGCCAGUACUCCGGGCCCGCCAAGACCCUCACGGAGCUGGGCCCGCCCGGCAGCGGUGGCGGCGCGCCGCCGGACCACGCGUCGCUGGGGCUGUUCAUGAGCGGCGACGGCAUGCUGCCCAUGGAGGGCAUGCUGUUCGACGACAGCGGCGGCGGCAUGUACGCCAACGGGCCGGCACCGCCGCAGUGCGCGUCGGCGUGCUCCUCCACCACGUGCAUGGACGACAUCCUGCUGUCGCCGCUCGACGACUACGAGAAGCUCAAGAUGAUCGAGAACGAGGUGGCCGAGUCCGCCAAGCGGUACGGCGUGCCGCACCACGGCGGCCACUACGGCGCCGCGCCGCCGCCGAGCAUGGCCGCGCCGCACGCCGCGUCGCCCCACUCCAGCACGCCCGCGCCGCGCCCCAAGAAGAAGUCCGCCAAGCGCGGCGGCGCCGACCGGCCGCCCAAGCCCAAGGCGUCCGUGUCCACGUCGGCGACCUCCGCGGCCUCCGCCGCCACCAGCAACGGCGGCGCGCGCAGGGAGCGCUCCCUGCACCACUGCACCAUCUGCAGCAAGGCGUUCAAGGACAAGUACUCGGUGAACGUGCACAUCCGGACUCACACGGGCGAGAAGCCCUUCGCGUGUUCCGUGUGCGGCAAGAGCUUCCGCCAGAAGGCCCACCUCGCCAAGCACUACCACACGCACAUCGUGCAGAAAAGCGAACACUUGGGGCCCGCCAAGGCCUUGUCCACCAAGGCGAGGUAGCACACCGCCCAGUGGCGGAUCCGGGCCCGGCCUCAGGGAGGGGCAGAGUAGCGCUUUUUGUCCGCCAGCAAAGUGUGCCUUUUUGCCUGCCUGUCAGGCGGCUGGCCAUGUUGCGCCCCUCUGGAUCCGCGUCGGCCCUGCCGCGGGGGCGUCACGGUGUCACCAGUAAUGCAAACCUUAGCAAAUUUCCGAGUGUCGUUCUUGUUGUUUUACAUGUUUUGCCAGUGUAUUGGUCGGUGGAUCUGACCACUACAGUGUACAGGGCGAAAAAGUUGGCCGUACUUUUGUCGACCGUCCCCCUAUUGAAGCCGUGGCGCUGCCAUCGCGACCCGCGCAGAGCGGGGGCCGUGGCCUGGGCCGAGGCCCUCAUGUCGAACAGUACCUACUUGGAUGAAUCCAUGACAAAGACAAAAUGAUUGUUCCUAUAUAUCUCACUUCACGAGCUGUGAUCUGCCUGUUAGUUUUUACAAUUUUAUUGUUCGUUUUUUUUGUAAGUAUGGCAUUAAGCCGCCAUGUACAUUAUUUUUGUCAAAACUGUUUUGAUAGAAAAAAAGAAGCGAUAUUUUUAUACAGCUGCCUGCAAGCAGCGGCCAAAUUGCCAAGUCGCCUUAAAUGUGGUUGUAAAAUUUGCUCAUGCUGAAGACACUCCACUCUUACAUACGCCUCUCGAAAUGUAGAAUCAAAAUUAUGUUUUCAGCAAACUGAAUCAAAUGCAAAUACUGUUAAUAUUUUUUGUAAAUAAUGUGAGUAUAAGUGUUACUCUAACGUGCCUUAAAAUGUAGUGUUGAGAUGACUCUUCGUUUCCUUUCAUUGGAAAUAUUUGUUCGAUCAUUUUGCAGGUUGAGUUUUUACUCCAAAAUGUACGGUACUUUUUAAUCAGUCCUGUUUCGGACACCCUGACCAAAUUGAUCUCAAAAGAUUUUUAUCUUGAUGACACUCGCCUCGAGGCAGUUAAAACAAAUAUUUAUAUUCUUUCACAAAACGUUUUGUGUGGCCCACUUUGGAGUCUUGCCAAAUGCAUCGAAUAUAUGUUUUAAGCAACAUUUCCCAAUAAUAGUGUUUAUAUUGUACGUUUUUUCUAUUUAUUGUUUUGUGUACUUUUGUAUGAAGAGAAAGAUUGCCUU